AUGGAAGAGAUACAGAUUCCAGAACGCAUGUUUGCCACUGGUGAAGAACCGGCUGGAGAGAGAGUGAACACCUACCACAAACCCAAGAGAAUUGAUUCCAUAAUUGAAGCCUUGGAACCUGAUGAAGUCGAGUUUAUGCGGAAUACAACCUUUGGGAAGAUCAUAUCGCAGGCAGAAAACCCUUCGUUUUCAGGUACCUUUGGUCAGUUCGUCAUUGUGCGUAUGCUCAAGGUGAAGAAAAAAUACGAGAUCUGGUUCUUGUUCGCUGGUAAACCUAUCAGGAUGUCUCUUCAAGAGUUUGCGCAUGUAACUGGGCUUAAUUGCAACAAGAUUAUCAAAAAGAACAUCAAAAGGAAGAAGAAUCCUAUCACGGAGAAGCUAUAUUGGGGUGAACUCUUUGGGUCUCUCAAGUUCUGUCCAGUUGAUGCGGCGAUUGAAAUGCUGAAAAGAAGAAGUGAGUUUCUUGCUUACCCCUGGGGGAGAGUAACAUUUGAGAUGCUGGUAACUGGAAUCAAGAAGAAAGACGAAAUCUUACUCUCCCAAUCCAGUAUUGCAUUGCCUGGAUUCGUAGAUGCCAUUCAACUUGUAUUCAUGGCUGCUGUUCCUCAGAUUAAAGAGGUUGUCCCGCAGGUGGAACCUGCUGUUGUGAUUGAGUCUGACAGUGAAUCUGACUCGGGAUGUAACGACAUUGAAGUUGAAUUAGAAGAGGAUACAGAGGCCCCCGCGCCACAGCCCAAGACGGUCCGAUACUAUGUCAACCCAACUCACACGGAGGUCAUAUCCAUGAUUGAGGACACUACACACUCACGUAAUCAGUUGGAGUGGGAUGACGAGAUCGAAGAUGAGACUGUCGAUAACCUUGUCCGCCUAAUUCAAAAUGGCAAAGUAGUUUUCAAUAAGGCAAUGUUUGUUGGGGGCUUAACCGGCGUCGAUCUUUCUCGUAUGAGGGCUGAAAAGAAACAAAAAGAAAAAGAGGGUAAAGAUAAAAAGGAACCAGAGAGUCAACCCGAUGUUCUCGCUACGGAUGCAGUUGACAUGAGUCUUGCCAAAGUUAUUAUAGCUCAACGUGAGAAGAUGGAGGGUGAAGUGAUUCGGAGCAUCAUUGGUUUUCUUGGAAAACAAAUGCCUAGCUCAGUGCGCGAGGAAGACACUAGUGGGAGAGGACAGAGCGGUGUGGCGGGGUCGCCAUUAACAAGGAAAGAGCCAUUGCCACACGCUGAGUACAACGAUAGCCAAUUACAAGCGGACGAGGUAAUUAACAAGGUGAUCAAUGAUGUUCAAGAGUUCGCAAACCCAUAUGAUAGAAUAGUCACAACCCUCCCUUUGGGCGCAGCUACAGUUCACGAAAGCGUGGAACAUGUUGUUUUUACGGAAGUGGAAGGAUUUAAAGGCACCCCCAUAGUAUCUGACGAGCACACAUCCUACAUUGCUCAACUGCCUACAGUCGAUGAAGAAGAGGCACUAGCUGACACUGAGGAGAAUGUUGGAGGCAUUGACCAAUCGGUGCCCGAUAUACCGGCGCUGGUAACAAAUGAUGAAAUUGGCGAGACUCGGAGGAGCAAAAGAACCAGGAUGCUACCACCCAUUUUCAAUCUCUAUCAGUGUGAUGCCAAGAUAAAAGCAUUCAGGGUUGAGGAAAACAUGUCGAUAAAUGACCGAAACGUUGAUGAAAUAUACUUAUCUAUGAGGGAAAGAGUUGCGGAUAACCAGUGUUUCACGCUUGCCAAUGGGAUGUCAUUAACAAUAGAAGAACUAGAUGUCAUGGAUGUGCUAACAUACUACAUUGCACAAGACCGUUCUAGAAAGGGAACACACUCAUCCAAACCCAAGGUUGCGGUCUAUGAUACCAGCUUCCCCGUAUCUAUCAUCAGUCAACAUGCCAGGCUUACCAAAACCGCCGUUAAAGACCGUUGCAGGAUUAAGUACGAUGACGCUACUCUCCAGUACUUCAAAGCAGGCCCGGAUCCGGACGAUACAUAUGACCGCAUCUACUUUCCAUUCUGCAUCGACAAACAACACUGGAUGGGAGUAUAUAUUGACAUUCCCUCAUCUUCUGUCCAGAUACUUGACUGCAACUCUAUCUUGCUCACCGACAACCAGAUCAAGAAGGACAUCAACCCAAUCACCGUAGUCAUUCCUCAUAUCAUCCACUCUGUCAGAGGCGCUCCUUACCACAAUGCUACCAAGCCUUUUGGUUUCUUCAGGGCCAAGGGCAUCCCACAGCACCCCAAUCAACCGGACUCUGGAGUUGUUACGGUCCUGCUCAUUCAGGGCCAUGCUGCAAAUGAUAUCGAGGGAUACGCAGAAGUUACUCCAUUUUCUCUUCCACCUGCAGCUACGCACCUGGCUGUGCUUGUACUCCGCGACAUAGCCCCAGUUUGA